AUGGCUGUAGAUAGAUUAUUAUGGAAGAUUACCCUGGAUGUUGUUGUACUUGCUUGCGUGUCGUUUCCCCUCUUGGCCUUGUUGCUAUGGGCGGAACCGUACCGACGGGGCUAUUUUGAAAACGACGAAUCUUUAAGACUGCCGUAUAAGAAGCAGCAGAUAUCUGAGGGCUUGCUGGCAGGCCUCGGUUUCGCUUUCACUAUCGUUACGAUCACAAUCACAGAGUUUGUGCGCGACAAGCAAGGGAAGGGCUGCGGUGAAAAAUUCCUCUCCGGUGUCCUGAUCCCAGGCUGGGUGUGGGAGAGCUAUGUCGCCAUUGGGAUAUACACGUUCGGCGCCGCUUGCCAACAGCUUACAGUCAACUCCGCGAAGUACAUUAUAGGGCGACUUCGACCUCAUUUCUUUGAUGUGUGUAAGCCGGUCGCAGAUAUGUCGUCUCCACUAAAUGCGCUUGGCUAUAUCCAAGUUUACAACUGCACCGGUACCAACGAAGCGCAGAUCAAUGACAUGCGGCUCAGCUUCCCCAGCGCCCACUCCAGCUAUGCUAUGUACACCGCAGUAUUCUUUAUCAUGUACAUACAAGUGAAGGGCAAAUGGCGGGGUUCGAAGCUGCUCCGGCACUCGGCGCAGUUCGCGGCGCUGCUGGGCGCCUGGUACGUGGGGCUGUCGCGAGUCACCGACCACAUGCACCACUGGAGCGACGUGGCGGUCGGCUUCCUCGUCGGCACUAGCUACGCAGUCGUUGUGUUCCUGUUUGUUCUAAAACCUAAGAAGUAUGGAAUGCCAAGAUCAUGGGAGACUGCGCAGCCUGAAAUGUUGCCACAACCAGUAAUGGCUCGAUGA